UGGAAGCUCUCUAAGCGUUUGCCAAAGGGGGUGGAGGAAAGGCAAGCCUGUCAAGCAGUACUGCAGCCUCAGCCUGCUCCCAUGCUCGGAAAUGCUGCUGCAACUUGGAGAUUUCCAUAAGGUUUAGCUGCCGUCCAACUUCUGCAACUGGGCUCGUGCACAGUAAAGUCCUGGAGGCACAGAAGGGAAUCUCCUCCAGGGCAGGAGCUUCACCAUCUCCUGGAUUUUUGCGAAUUCGGGACAAAAGGUUUUGUGCAAAGGGCAAGGACGCUGCCCAUGUGGAAUGAUGGCUGCUCUCAACCAGCAUGGUUCAAGUUGGAAUAUUGCUGGGAAUGAAGUGUGUGCUUCAUGUUUGCUGCAUCUGCCAGCCAGCCAGUGCUCAGCUGUCACUGCUCCUUCAACCAGCUGUUCAUUUUAAUCACUGCAUUUAUAACUUGUGCUCCACAAAUGCCGAGUGGCCAGUCUGACCGAUCUAUUGCUGGAUUUUUAAGAACAGCUAAAGAUCCUUUAGCCUCUGGUUUGGUUUUGGUCUUGUCAAACCAGACUGGAUCUUGAGAUUCUCGUUCUAACUAGCCCUGUUUAGAAUUUUGUUAAAGGGAGUGCAGCAUUUGCUGGGAGUCUUCAUAAAGUGGAGUCAAUAGGACUUUGUUCCCUUUAAGUGGAGGAGCAUAGUGUGCAUUGUAACCCUGCUCUGUGGUGGGAGACAGACUGAAAGUGAGCUUGCUGUGAAGUGAUUCCAGUACAGCCAGGGGAGAGACCGAAAGGAGCUGGUAUUGCAAUUAGCUGAAUGCUUUGAUAGAGAAUAGCAAACAUGCUUUGUGGACUGAAAAAGGAUUUGCAGUCAGACUUCGAUGAUGGCCCUUACUCGAAGGGGAGCAAAGACUCAAGUGGACUGGACACAGCCCUCGUCUCCAGAAGGCAAAGCAUUCCAGAGGAAUUCAGAGGGGUCACCAUUGUGGAGCUGAUUAAGAAAGAAGGAAGCACCCUUGGCUUAACUAUAUCCGGUGGCACAGACAAAGAUGGAAAGCCAAGGGUCUCAAACCUGAGGCCAGGAGGACUGGCAGCAAGAAGUGAUCAGUUAAACGUUGGAGACUACAUCAAGUCAGUGAAUGGGAUUAACCUGACUAAACUGCGGCAUGACGAAAUUAUAAGCCUGUUGAAGAAUGUAGGGGAAAAGGUGGUACUGGAGGUGGAGUAUGAACUGCCCCCAGCUGCACCGGAGAGCAGCUCUGGCAUUAUUCCAAAGACCAUAGAGGUGUGUCUGUACAAGGAGGGCAACAGUUUUGGCUUUGUGCUAAGAGGGGGAGCCCAUGAAGAUUGGCACAAAUCCAGACCAUUAGUACUCACCUACGUGAGGCCAGGUGGCCCUGCAGACAGGGAGGGUUCCUUGAAAAUCGGGGACAGGCUGCUGAGUGUUGAUGGGAUUCCCCUUCACAGCAUAACUCAUGCUGAUGCACUGAACAUCCUGCGUCAGUGCAGCCAGGAGGCACUCUUCCAGAUCGAGUAUGAUGUCACCAUUAUGGAUACUGUAGCCAAUGCUUCCGGUCCGUUACUAGUGGAAAUAGCCAAGACUCCUGGAUCUACACUAGGAAUUACUCUGACAACAGGCACACAUCGGAAUAAACAGGUCAUAGUCAUUGACAAGAUCAAGCCCGCCAGUGUGGUGGACAGGUGUGGGGCCUUGCACAUUGGUGAUCACAUCCUCUCCAUCGAUGGCACCAGCACAGAGCACUGUUCCUUGUUAGAGGCCACUCAGCUCUUAGCCACCACUUCGGAAAAUGUCAAGUUGGAAAUACUCCCUGCUCACCAGAGCAGACUCCCCCUGAAACCUCCAGACACAGUCAAGGUGCAGAAAAGUGACCAUCACCAUUGCUGGGAUCCCUGUGUCAACUACUGCCACACCCACCAUCCAGGGCACUGCAAGACACCCACCUGGAACCAGACCUCCAACCAAGAUUAUUGCAAAUCUCUGGUUGCUGCCAAUUUCUCAUCGCCCAGCAUGAACACACAAGGUUUCCCCUGCCAGAAUUCGAAUACGCUACCUCGGAGCUCCCAACCCAUGAGCCCGCGUGCCACCAUGAUGAGGAGGAGACAGAGGAAGAAGGACCACAAGAGCUCUUUGUCGCUGGCUUCUAGUACAGUGGGUCCUGGCGGGCAGAUUGUUCACACAGAAACAACAGAGGUGAUCCUAAGGGGAGACCCCUUGAAUGGCUUUGGCCUUCAACUCCAGGGUGGGAUCUUUGCUACUGAAACCCUGUCUUCCCCGCCCCUCGUCCGAUUUAUUGAGCCCGACAGCCCAGCAGAGAGGUGUGGGCUGCUACAAGUCGGAGACAGAGUCCUUUCCAUCAAUGGCAUUGCAACUGAAGAUGGGACCAUGGAAGAAGCCAAUCAGUUCUUGCGCGAUGCAGCACUAACCAACAAAGUUGUGUUGGAGUUAGAAUUUGACGUGGCAGAGUCUGUCAUACCCAGCAGUGGUACUUUCCAUGUUAAACUGCCCAAGAAAAGAGGUGUGGAGCUUGGAAUUACUAUCAGCUCUGCAAGUAGAAAGCCUGGUGAGCCUUUAAUUAUCUCUGAUAUCAAGAAGGGGAGCGUAGCUCACAGAACAGGCACCUUGGAGCCGGGGGAUAAGCUGUUAGCCAUCGAUAACAUCCGACUCGACAACUGCUCAAUGGAGGAUGCAGUGCAGAUUCUGAGGCAGUGUGAAGACCUAGUCAAAUUGAAGAUUAGGAAGGAUGAAGAUAACUCUGAUGAGCAAGAGACAACCGGUGCUAUUAUCUACACUGUAGAACUAAAGAGGUACGGUGGCCCUCUGGGAAUAACGAUCUCCGGAACAGAGGAACCUUUCGAUCCGAUCAUCAUUUCAGGCCUGACCAAACGAGGGCUGGCUGAAAGGACUGGAGCAAUCCAUGUGGGAGACCGGAUAUUAGCUAUUAAUAAUGUGAGUCUCAAGGGCAAACCACUCAGUGAAGCCAUCCACCUACUCCAAAUGGCUGGAGAGACUGUAACGCUGAAGAUCAAGAAACAAACCGAAAGGUCUUAUCCCAAGAAGUCGGGGAGUAUGAAUGAAGUGAGUGACCCAGAAGAUGAACUGACUGACUCUCAGAAAACUAGCAAACUCUCUGAGAUUUACUCCACCACCAUCCCCAGCGUGGACAGCGCUAUGGAAUCCUGGGAUGGUUCGGGCAUUGACGCAGGCUAUGGAAGCCAAGGUACGUACAUACCUCAGGCUGUUGGCAUUGCCCUACAUCCACAUGAAUGGAGACCUAGCAGGCAGAAGAACAGCACCCCUCCUGGGGAUCCCAGGAAGAACUAUCCCUAUAUGGAUGGAAGUUUCAGUGAAGAUGACUGGGACAAACCCACCAGAUAUCCCAACCGCCAAAACGGCCUUGAGACCGCUCACGAGGAUAGUUUUUGGCGUGUUUUUGGAGAAGCUUUGGAGGACUUGGAAACAUGCGGCCAGUCUGAACUUUUGAGGGAGAUCGAGGUAAAUCAACUUGGAAUUGUUCUAACCAGUCCAUUCUCGCCACUUGUAGCCUCCAUCAUGACAGGGAGCGUGCACAGCCUGGGUCUGGAAGGGAGCAAACUGCUCGUGGACUCGGUUAGUGAGUCCGGAUUGAGCCCACUGAGGAAAGGAAACGCCAACUGCUGCGACGAAGGGCAGAGCGACAGCAGCAUCACUCCCACCAAGAAGAAUGAGAGGAAUCUGGAGAUGAGGAAGAUUAAGGAGGAGGUGCAGGAAAUCAUGUCUCCAACCCCUCUCGAGUUGCACAAGAUGACACUCCACAAGGACCCAGAGAGUGAAGACUUUGGAUUCAGUGUCUCUGAUGGCCUGUUGGAGAAAGGUGUCUAUGUAAAUAUGAUCCGUCCCAAUGGGCCGGCUGAUCAGUGUGGCCUCAAACCUUACGACAGAGUCCUUCAGGUAAAUCGCAUUCGAACAAGAGACUUUGACUGCUGUCUGGCUGUUCCAUUGAUUUCCGAGGCAGGAGACAAACUGGACCUAGUCAUUAGUCGAAACCCCCUGGCACUCGCUGCCAAUACCCAACUGGAGGCCAGUGGAGAGUUAGUCCCACAGUCCUUGGGCGUGGAGGUCAAAACAAGCAUGCAGACACUCUGAGGGAGGAUUUAAAUGGAAGGUACCUUUGGGCCCUGCCAUGGUGGAAAAGCUGAUGAGUAUCCAUUGUGGUUUUCUGUUUUUGCACUGGUAACUGUAA